AUGACGUCAUACCUGUUCGCACGAUGCAUGUCGCGUCGAGUCGGUGACGUUAAGCGGGUUUCCUCUGUACAGGGACCGUUGGCCAGGGCAGCCGUGGAACCCCUAGCUCCGCUAAAUGCGGCGGAACCGGGAAAUCGUAGAUUGCACCACUCAGUGACGCCAGCGACUCCCGUAAACCCCUCCUCCUCCGCGUCGCGCCGUUUCUCAUGGUUCCUUCCUGCUCUCGUCGGCGCACUCGCAGGCGGAGCGACGGCGGUAGCUGCGAUUCAUUCGCCUCAUGCGCAAGCGCCCUCCCACCUUCCGCUCCCCGCUGGUCCGUUUUCCGCCAUCCCUUUCUACGGGUCGCGUGACUCCGCCCCCCCAUAUCCCACUCACUCUUCGGCGCGCGCAGGAUUUAUUCCGCGGCUGGUUCUCACCGCCGAUGCUUCCCCAUCGGCUUUCCCCUUCCCCGGCCCCGAGUCUCCGCCUCUGCCCGCGCCCUCCCCGCAUGGAUCCCUUCCCGCGCCGCGCAGCGUGGUUGAGGGGAUCAAACGGCUGCUCCCGGGGGAAGGGGAACCUGGGGGGAAGGCGGAGACGCAGGGGGACGGCAGCAAAGGGCUUAAGGAUGGGGAAGGAGAGUGGUCGAAGGAGGUUGAACGUGGGAAACAGGGGGGGAGUGGAGACGGGGGGAUGGCAGGACCGAAUCAAGGGGAGGCGGAAGCGAGGGAGAAGGGGGAUGCAGGUAGCAGUGGUGGGACGUGUGGGCGGAAUUGCAUGUCGCGACAUGCCAUUGCUGACGCGGCUGCAAGGGUGGCGCCCGCUGUGGUCAAUCUGACAGUCAGUGUGGGGCGGGGCAUGUUCAGCGGGCAGGCGAUGGGGUCGGGGGCCAUAAUCCGUGCGGACGGGCUGAUUCUGACCAACGCGCACGUGGUGGCGGAGAUGGUCGACCCCUCCGCCUCCUCCCAGCCCUACUGGAGCUCCCGCGCCACCCUGCAGGUGACGCUGCAGGACGGGCGCACCUUUGAUGGCCACGUGCUCAGCUUUGACUCGCUCUCUGACAUCGCCCUCGUCAAGGUGUCAGCGCCCUCACCGCUGCCGGUGGUGAAGCUGGGUUCGUCCAAGGCACUGCGCCCGGGGGACUGGGUGGUGGCGCUGGGAUCGCCGCUGCACCUCUCCAACACUGUCACUGCCGGCAUCGUCAGUUGUGUGGAUCGCAAGGGCACGGAGCUGGGCCUGAGGGGAGGGCGCAUGGAUUACAUCCAGACAGAUGCGGCCAUCAACGCGGGCAACAGCGGAGGUCCGCUGGUGAAUCUGGACGGGGAGGUGGUGGGCAUCAACAACAUGAAGGCGCUGGCGGCUGAUGGGGUCAGCUUCGCCAUCCCCAUCGACUCCGCCGUUCACAUCCUCGACCAGCUCUCCCGCUAUGGGAGAGUGGUGAGGCCAUUCGUGGGCAUCAAGAUGUUGGAGCUGAACGCGUCCAUUGCAGCACAGCUGAGGGACAGGGAUCCCUCCUUCCCCGCGGUCGAUGCCGGCCUCCUCGUCCCCCAGGUGAUUCCCGGCUCGCCUGCAGCCAGGGGUGGGCUGCAGCCGGGUGAUGUGAUAGUGGAGUUUGCCGGGCAGCCAGUGACGUCCUCCCGCCAUGUGCUGGACUUGCUGGGAGAUAAGGUGGGCGUGAAGGUGCCCCUCGUCGUCAAGAGAGCCAACGGGAAGACAGUCACACUCACUAUUGUCACAGAAGAGGCCACACCUGACAUGUGA